AUGGGAAUCGUAGCAUUCAACUGGGCAGAGGGAGAGGGAAACAACAACCAACUCACGCUGCUGAUGAACCGAGAAAAUUGGGAAAAUAGGGUCAUAAGUGAGGCAUCUUGGAAUGGAAAUGGCGAGAUAUUGAGUGGUCGGUGCGAAGAUAACGGCGGAACGUGGUUUGGUAUUUCUAGAGGAGGCCGAGUCGCUUUUCUCAUGAGUGCAGAGAUACUGUUUGACCGCGUUGAUCAAAACACAGGCUCUGAGUUGUACCCAAUUGAAUUCUUGGAGAGCAAUAGGAGUCCACAGGAUUUUGCUCUCCACGUGGCACAGCGUGAAGAGGAAAGACAUUAUAAUGGAGAACUGGAUGAUCCGGCCGAUGGGUGGUCCUAUAGCCUUAUAGUCGCAGACAUGACUUUGAAUUCAAUGGUUCAUAUCAGGAAACCCUCGCAACAAGUGCCAAUUGUCAUAAUACAACCCGUUCCGUUUGGUGUUCAUACACUUUCUCCUUUGGAAGGAUUUAUGCCUGAAAAGCUUGUUUAG